AUGCCGAACGAGAUCGACAAAUCCAUCCUCGACCGCCUACAGGCCCUCCGGAGUGGCAGUCCAUCUGCUUCCCCCCCUCCGACAAGACUACUGGACACUCACAUUGGGAAAUGGAGAGUCAACAUUGACCUCAUCCAACGAAAUAAGACCCCGACCAGAGAAGACAGCCUAGCUGCACGGCUCAAGUCGCUCCGGAUCCAAGACGAGGAAGCCUCCGCGGCAUCACCCUCAUCCACCAGAGCCCAGCUAUCAACGCCCCAGUCUAGUCCAGCGCCAGCAUCGGAAAUAACCUACGACAAGGAUGGCGAUGACGUCGAUGCCGCAUUCCAGACGGAUGACCAAACCCUCGAGGAGCUGCUAGGCGACAUCGGCGACGGAUAUGACUUUACCGCGCCCGACGAUGACGACAAGGUCAGGGCUCUCCUCGACGAACUGGAGGACUCGAUACCCCACGACGACGCGGACAAGGAAAAACAUGGCUCCGAAUCUGACGACUCUGACGAGGAUAUCAUGAAGCGUGAGAUAGACGACGUCAUUGCCCGUCUCCGCGACGAGCUACAGGUUCAAGGUGACGAUGACCCUCAAGAGCAAGACGCGAACAUCACACCAUCAGACUCGGCGCUUGACCUACCCUCUGUCCCCGACGCCGCGGCUUCACCGGGCCCCACGUCCAUGGACGACAUGGCAGCCCGCUUGUCAGCUCUGCGUACAUCGUCCCCGCUGGGCGGGGACAUGCAGCUCCCCUCUGUGCCCACAUCCAGACCGAUCAAGGAGCCGAAGCGGCUGAAGUCGCGCAAGGGCUAUACAGACGACGACGUCGAUUCUUGGUGUACCGUAUGUCUGGACGAUGCUACGCUGCUGUGUCUGGGCUGUGAGAACGAGGACGAGACCAAAGACGGCGAUCCCUAUUGUGCCCGGUGCUGGCGCGAGAUGCACGUCGGUCCGGCUUCCACCUUCGACGACAGGUCUCAUCGUGCUGUUCAGAUCAACAGGGCGCGGAAGAAGGAUAAGGAGAGGGUGGCACUUAGUGCUUCAUAA